AUGGCUCUGAAGAAUCUGAAGGAAGUACCGAGGAAUAUGAAGCUCCUGAUUUUGGGAAGAAUGAUUGGAAUUUUGAUGAUGAUCGGUAUGAUGCUUUUGUGGAAAUAUCAUGAAAGAUGUUUAGAUUCAAUUGAAAUUAUUUAUUUUUAUGGAUUUACAAAAGAUCCAGAUACUUUAAAAUAUAUGGUAGUAAUAGAUUAUGCAAACAAAGGUAAUUUAAGAGGAAACUUAACAAGAAUAAUCAAAAAUAAUUGGGAUCAAAAAUUAUAUAUGUUGUGUGAAAUUAUUUCUGGACUUAAUAGUAUACAUGAACAAAAUCUUAUUCAUUGUGAUUUUCAUGAUGGUAAUAUUUUAAAUCAUAAUGAGGAUAAAAUUUAUGUUAGUGAUUUAGGAUUAUGUCAGCCUGUAAAAUCAUUUUUGAAAGAGUAUAAUAUUUAUGGUGUUGUACCAUUUAUGGCACCUGAAGUUUUAAGAGGCAAAUCUUAUACUCCAGCUAGUGAUAUAUAUAGUUUUUCUAUGAUUAUGUGGGAAUUUACAUCUGGUACGCCACCAUUUAACAAUAGAGCACACGAUAUUCAACUUAGUUUAAGUAUUUGUAAAGGUGAACGUCCUGAAAUUAUUGAAAAUACUCCACAAUGUUAUGUAGAUUUAAUGAAAAAAUGUUGGGAUGAAGAUCCAUUAAACAGGCCAUCUUCUAAGGAAGUUUUAAAAACUAUUAUAAAAUGGAUUGGUCUUCCUUCUAACAAGAAAAUUAAAGAUAUUGAUAAAGAAUUAAAAUGUAAUAUUAUGGAAUUUAUAAAUGCACCAAUUGGGCAUAACAUUCUUACUACUGAAUCUCAUCCACAGGCUUGUUAUACAAGUCGCAUACUUGAUUUUACUAGUAAAAAAUUGAAUGAAAUUCUUGAAAGUGAAGAUUUGAAUAGUUGUAUAAUUAAAGAUUUGAAGUCAUUAGAUAAAAAUACUAGUAAAAAAUUGAAUGAAAUUCUUGAAAGUGAAGAUUCACAAACUUAUUAUGCAAGCCAUUCUUCUACUGGCAUAACUGAAGAGUUGGAUGAUUGUAUAAUCAAAGAUACAAAUAUUAAAAUAGAUAAAAAUCAACCAAUUAUUUAUGUUUUAAAAAAGAUUUAUUUAAACACUAAGGCCAGAGUAGUAAAAUAUUUUAAAGAUUCUUAG